AUGAAUUUCCUACAGGCGAAUUGCAGGCCAUAUUCCGACAAUUAUACAACAAACAGUCAAGAAAGCAGCCACAAUGUGCUCGCUCAACUCAUUUCCCGAGCAACGGCGGCGGUGAAGAACGAGAUCCAGUCGCUUCCAACUGGACUUCUGCGACUCUUCUCGUCGUUCGAAAGUCUUUUCGAAUGGGCUGACGAUUCGAAUCUCCGUACUGGUCCGCUGUGCGGAGCAGUCGACGGCGUUCUUUUGGUUCUUGUGCAGUUGGCCUUGUACAUCAAUCAUAUCGGAGAUGAUUUUGCCCGCCAUCGAAAUUUGAAGCAGGCUCACUUAGCUGCCCUUGGAGUUGGGCUACAAAGUGGUGCAGCAGUCUCCAUGGCGCCUGUUGUUGCAGAUAUGCCGCUGCAUGGAGCCGAGGCCAUUGUCCUUGCUUUCCGAAUGGGGAUCCAUGUCCAGUCUAUUUCAAGUCAGCUCGAGUCUCAAGACGCUUCCGAGCGCCUCGAAACAUGGGCGUAUGUAGUCCACAAUGUUGACCCUGGAACGGUUCAAGCCGAGCUCGAUGCUCUUCAUGGUUCAAUUCCAGGCCCGAACACGAACAAAAUUUUCAUCAGCGCAAUCAGCGAAACGUCUGUCACCAUUAGUGGCCCGCCUUCGAGGCUUAAGAGUCUUUUCCAGAAGUCAAAACCGUUUCGGGAUGCUACAUCAAUCGCAUUGCCAGUUUACGGAGGUCUGUGUCAUGCUCCCCAUAUCUACGGUUCACAUGACAUUCACGCAAUUGUCCACAACGGCGUCAAAGAAUUGCAUGCCAAACUGGAGCAGUCAUCCGAGCCGAUGAAUAUGCUACAUUCUACCAGUAGUGGAGAUCCUUACCACGCUGCGAAUGGAGUGGAACUGUUUGAACUUGUCGUUGCUGAGCUUCUUACCAAAGCAAUAGAAUGGAACAAGGUCAUUACAAGCCUAGUCAGCUGUGUAAAGUUCAGUUCCUUAGCCAGCAUCACCCUCAAUUGUUUUGGAAAAUCCCUUCCUUUGCAUGAUCUCGAGGAAACCUUGAAAGAGAGUUUGACAGAUACAAAAGUUUCUGUGAGAAGCCUCUUAUCAUCCUUGCAAGAUCCAACUUCGAGGACCUCGACGUCUCGCGGGUUUAAACAAGCAAAACUUGCCAUUGUUGGCAUGUCCUGCCGACUGCCUGGUGGCGCUACAGAUACUGAAAAGUUCUGGGAGGUUCUUGAGAACGGACUUGAUGUAUCGCGCGAAAUCCCGCCAGAUCGAUUUGACAUUGAUACGCAUUUCGACGCUGAAGGGAAAGACAUGAACAAGACCAUGACGCGCUAUGGCUGCUUCAUCGAUGACCCUGCAUCUUUUGACGCUGUUUUUUUUAACAUGUCUCCUCGAGAGGCAUUGGCUGUCGACCCACAGAUGCGUCUUAUGUUGGUAACAUCAUAUGAAGCUUUAGAAAGAGCAGGGUUUAUCGGCAAUCGCACCCUAUCCACACGGUUGGCACAGAAAUGGCUAGCGAGGCCAAGAACUCGUUUCAUAGAUGGGCGCAGCCACACAGCGGAGCGAGGGGAUCAGCCUUUAUCAGGACGAGUACAGAAAACACCUCCUUGCUCGACCCAAGCAAGGUCACAGACCCACGAUCCUGGUGGUGGUGGCUUGAGCCGACGCAAAGGAAGUGUUACCCAGCCCUACCUGUUAUGGCAUCAGAUGUCCAUCCCAGCCAUGUCGGCUGAGCUGGAACGCCUGUUUUCGGGCAUGCAGGUCAUCUUCACAGACCAUAGGAGCCGUUUAGGCAUUGAGAGCAUCGAAACGACCAAAUGCCUCAAACCAUGGCUCGGCAAAAGCAGCACAGCACAUCUUCCGGAUGAUAGCCUUGAUGCGUUCGGACUUGAAGCCCCAGCCGUUGGACCACAGUCCGCGGCAGGUACCUCUGCUUCCGUAGCCGUAGCCGUACCAGUCGCCCUUGCAAUCGGCAUUGUGCCAGUAGCUGAUUCGAAUUUCGCCGUCCGGGCAGCUUCCGACGCUUGGGAUUUCGAGGCUGCCGACAGCGCAGUCCGUGUUGAUACAGACACCAUUCCCCAGCCUGAUGACGACGUUGUUGUCGACACUACCAGCGCAAUUGGUCUUGUUUGUACUUUCAUGGAACUGGGAGGUGUGAGCUGGAGGGAGCCUGAGCUUUCUUUGGCGUAG